UGCCUCGAAGCCCUGGGUCCAGCUGCGGGGUCCCUGCCGGCCACGGGGACAGCAGGGCGAGCGCUGCUGGUGACGGCACCGGGACGGGGAAGGAUGUGCUGAAGCCCCCCCCAGAGGCCCGAUGCCCGCCUGUGGGGCUGCCUGCAGCUGCGGCCGCGGACCCAGCGUGGCGCAGGGGCGGUGGUACGGGGUGCGCUCCUACCUCCACCUCUUCUACGAGGACUGCACCAGGGCCAGCCCUGAUGGGGAUGGGGCCGAGUCCUCAUCUGCCCGGCCCCCCGGCACCUGGCCCUCCAUUAUCUGGAAGGUGAGCCUCUCCACGGGGACCCUGUUCCUGCUGGCGGGGGCGGCCGCCCUGGCCACCGGCUCGCUGGUGCCCCCCAGGCUGGAGGGCAUCGGGGAGGAGGACUUCGUGGUGCUGGACCUGCAGGCAGCGCGCUACAACCGGGCGCUGGGCGCCUGCCGGCUGCUGGGCCUGGCGCUGUGCGCGGCCGCCGGGGUGCUGAGCGCCGUGGGGCUCCUCUCGUGCCUGCUGGGCCGUGCCGGGGGGGCCCCGCGACGCCCCCAGGAAGAGGAGCAGCAGCUCUCGCCCAUCCUGCGCGACAGCCCCGCGGCGCCGUUCGGUGUCUCCUGCAUCCACGGCGUCCAGCCCCGGCGGGAGGCGUGAGGCUGGGGGGCAGCAGGGGACGCCCCCCCCCCCCCAUCCCAGCUGCUGAAGCGCCCAGUAAAGAUGCUGAGAAACCCC